AUGGGACAGUUUGAGGAUCUCGAGUUGGCCAACAAGAUAUUUUACCCUUUGCUUUUGAUCUUCGGCUUGCCUGCCAAUAUCCUGACUAUCGUGGUGCUGGUCCGCCAGCGCAGGACGCCGGGCGGGGCCAAGUCCACCUCCACCCUGUACCUGAUCGCUCUGGCCGUGGCAGACUCACUCGUACUCAUCUUCAUCGUCCUUAUAGAGAGGGUGGUGAAGAUCACCAUCCUUGAUCGGCAGGUGUCGUUUGGCGGAUUCUGUCCGUGGCUGAUCUCUCUGGACUACACCGCUAGUAACGCCUCGACAUGGAUCAUCAUAGCUUACACAGUGGAGAGGUUUACUGGCGUGUUUUGCCCAGUCUGGAAGCACAAGGUGUGUCAACCUGUGACGGCGAAACUCAUCAUCGCUGGAGUGUUCUGCUUCUCCUGGCUCUGUUCUCUUCCACACUCUUUCGCAGAACAAGCUCGCUCCGUCCCAAAGUCAACCAAGUAUAUGUGCGAUUGGAAAGACGACAUUUCAAGGGAGUACAAGCUAGCCCUGGUCUGGGGACAGAGUCUCUUGUCUUACGUUCUUCCUUACAUACUGAUUAUUUCUUUAAACGGACUUCUUGUUUGUAGGUUAAGAAGAUGGAAAAACGAUAGAGAGAUUAGAGCAAAAAUCUCGGCAGAUAUCAUAACAGGAUACCGUUACAAUAGAGAGAGCGAUGGUUUACCUCGCAUAACAAUUUGUGCUGAUACUCAUCGCGAAGAAAUGGCUUCUGUAACCUCUGAGAGGCCCAGACGUCUACAGCCUAGAUUUGAGCAACCAUCUGUGCACUUCGACUGCGGCGACAACUGCGCUGACAGAAACUCUCGUUUGUACUCUCGCGUGAACUCACGAGAGUCCCAGCAGCCAUCUGUGCAGUUAGUCCGCGCAGACUCAGUAGUGACGAGACGCCGGAAGAACAGGCCCGUUUACGUGCUCUGCGGUGUUAGCCUGGCUUUUGUCCUCCUUUGGCUGCCUCGUUUUGUCUCAUUUCUCAUCCUAAGACUGUCCCCAGACUCCCAACUACUAGAGGACUUUUCACUCACGCUAGCCAUGGACGUUUCGAACAUGCUGGCCCUCCUAAACUCGACUAUCAACAUAUUUCUGUACAGCUUUGUUGACGAGAAAUUCCGGGCGGAUCUUUGGAAACUGUUGAAGGGUCACAGCAACAGGAAGAUUUCAAACGACGUGACUCUGCCCCAUCCCUCACAGGAUGCGCUAGGUAUCACGGCCACGCAUUUCGUAAAUAACACCGUUCGUAGACCUUCAUUUGCGAGGCCAAGUCACGAUCCGUUGAAGAUCACGACGAAGCGCCUUCCGAUCACCCAACGGGCGAUGUGA